AUGUUGGAACCGAUCCGGAGGCACCGUUGCUCCCGGAAAGCAUUGCAAUGCAGUUUUUACGUCCUGUUGCUGUUGGUGCUGGUGUUGACGGGAGUGCUGGCCAGUGGCAGUCGUGUGAGAUCCAGAAAGCACAGAUCAUCCCACGACAGGUCACCCGUCUCACGAUGGCAGUCCCGGUCGUCGUCCGAUGGAACGUCUAAUACAAUCCAUGAAGUAGCCGCAAAACCUGCUCCCUUCUCUAAACCUGCCCAUGCCGUGUCGAGUGGCCCUAAAAAACGCUCGUACUAUGUGCCCACGGUGACAAACCUGGAGAACAAUCUGCACCACUUCAUUAACAACCUCAAGACGUCCAAGCUGGCUCACGCAGUGAACGGAGUUAGUGGAGCCAUCCAACAGGCCGUAUCCCUGCCAGGACACGGAUCCGUCAAUCUGGUGGGUAGUCAUCGGCCAGUCUCUGGUCUGCACGGACCCUCCAGUUAUUAUGCCAACGCCAACGAGCUGCGGUAUGGGCAACCUUUCGUGAGCAAGCAGGCGUCAGGUCACUUCAAAUCGUCCUCCGGGGGUUACGGCAAGAAGCCUGGCCAUCACAAGCGGGGCCGACAUCCAACUGCAUCUCCGCCCGGAAAGUACGACUCGCUGAUGUCCGACCUGGGCAUAUCCGGCUACAAACAUUUUGAAAACGCCGUCAUCCGGGAUUUGGAGCGGCGCGAGGAACUGAAGGUAGAGGCCACCAUCCACACGCUGUUCCCAGAGGACGAAGAUUGGCGUCCGAUCGCAGCAAGCAAGAAACCAACCGCCUCGAAGUCGCACAUCGGAGUUGCAGAGCUUUCGGAGUCAAAGAUCGUCCCGGCGUUGGUGGUUCCACCGGAGAAGCGCCCUCUAGAGUCGGGCACUCGGACUACCCGUGUGAAGCCUUCAACGAGCACCAUCGGAACGGCAGGACGACCUGGUGGAUUGACGAGUCCUGCCACAGGGCCAAAGACCACAACAACUCCCGGUUCUAAGCACCGUUCCAAGGGUAGCCCUCUGGGGAAGACGAAACGUCCCAAACCAGACAAACCAGCGACAUGCUGGAACUGUGUCGGAUCGUCAUCUUCAACCAGCGCUCCGAGGCAACCAGUACCGGCGACAACAGCGACAACUUCUGGAGUCCCGAGUUCGACCGCCCUGGCGACGUCAACGCAACGUUUCGGACCCUCGUAUGAUGCCACGAUGUUCUACGGCAACGACGGAAAACCUCCGGCGGCUAUUGCUCAGUCCUACAGUAACGUGGAGAUUCAGUACAACCACACCCAGCCACCACCGUUCGUGGGGAACCCUUGGACGGUGGUCACUACCGGAGGUUCUGGAGGACUUCUCACUGAGGUCAGCACCCAACCGGCUCCACCCGUGACCACGUUCUCUGCCCAAACAAUUCCGGGCUUCUACGCGAGCGGCAUCAAGAAGAGCUUCUCGAAAGCCGUUAAGCCGUACCUCGCGAAGGGGGACACCACGGUUGCUUCGGCCCCCACUCACAAACCGACUGGCGGCUCGCAAGGGCCGAAGGGAACGACUAAGAAACGAACGACCCACCGACAGGACGCCCGGAAGCCGGCCGAUAAUGUUGGAGCUGGCUCGAGCAAGAGCGAGUUGCGCGUGAGAAAGAAGUUCGACUCAAAGUAUAGCCGGAACCGGGGCUCGAUCAAGUUCAAGGAUGCGCUCGAACGGAACCCGGACCAGAUCUACCGGUGA